AUGCCAGCAGCAGCAUUCCAUGACUAUCCCAAAUAUGCACCUGGUGCAGAGUUGCUUCCCAUCCCCUCAAAGCUAGGGGCCAACAUGACAACUGAGUCAAUGGCUGCUUCUCUCCCAUCUGAGAAGCCGCUUAUGGCCCCAGACUUGCAUGCCAACCCAGCAUUUGUCAAGAAGUAUGCUGAGCCUUACCAUACUGUGGUGAAGGAGCACAAGAGGUCCACCAGUCUUUCAUGCAAACUGGAGGAGGUCCUGCUACCCAUAUUGGGGAGUCUUGCCAAGCAGUUGGCUGCAGCACAGCACCCUGCUGAUGUGGUUGGCAAGCCCAGCACUUUGCUGGGAAAAGAGGCUGGUGACUUUGACAUGCCAGAUCUUGGAGAUUUGCCUCUUGCUGAUGGGAAUCAAGCUGAAGACCAGCAGAAGGCCAAAGAGAAGAUGGAGAGGGAGAUGGACAAGCUGGAGAAGCAGAGGGAAAAAGAGCAAGUGAUGUGGGAUGCUGCACCAGCCAUGGGCAAGGGGGGUGUAUGCAUGCAGACUAGCACAGGCACACCAUUUUAUGUUCAUACCCCUUUGCCAGUGGUCUUCAAUGACUACCCUCCCCAUAUCUCUGAAGAAGCGUUGUCUCCAGCUGCAGCAAUCCCUGAGAGCCUGCCACACCUGGACCUGCCAAGUUGA